UUUAUCGAGUAUUUGUUUAUUUGAGGAGAUUGGGUAUGCAAUGCAUAGUAACCAAGCAAACGUAUCUUUUGUAGGGAAUUUAGAAUCGAGUUUUCUCGAUUGUUUUAUCAAUAAAUCGGACAUUAAACUGUGACCGGGAAAGUAAUUUAAUGCAAAGAUGACGGAAUCAGAUCUAUUUGAAUACAAUCAACUUUGCAAUAACAUUCAACAUACCGAUCGGUCUGUGCGCCAAAAUUCGUUGAAGAAACUUUUAGAACUAUGCUCGUCCAAAAACACUGAACAGGAGGCCGCAAUUUUGUUCGACCAUUUCCACUUGCACAUCAUCAAAUGCUAUGCCGAUAAAUUUGAAAGUUGCCGAUGUCUGGCAGUGGAAAUAAUGUCCAGUCUUCUUGAUACGUUGCCGGACAAUGAAUUUUACAUUGACAUUGUCGUUCCGGUGAUAGCUCGACGAGUGGGACAGAAGGAGAUCAUCGAAGAAAGUGAGGAAUUACGGCUGCAGUUGGUGCAACAGUUGCAGCAAAUAAUUGAUAAAUUUCCGGCUAAUGAACUGAAGGGGGACAGACUGAAGACGUCCUACAAUGACAUAAUCGAUGUUCUGCUCAAAACUCUUCGUGAUCCUUAUGUUAACAUACAAAGGGAAUGCUGUUCCAUGUUGAAAUCAUUGGCCAAUGCCACACCAAGCUUCCACUGUCGUGCUGAAAGUCUGGCAGAUCCAUUAAUUGUCCUACUGAAGCAUCGUCAAUGGUUGAGUAGAGCAGCGGCUUUGUCUGCGCUUGGAGUCUUGGCCGUCAACAUUCCAAACGGCGAAGCGGUCGUAAAAAUUAUUGUCAGCGUCUCGCCAUUGCUAAUGGAUUCGAUGCCACAAAUACGCAAAGAGUGCGGACUGGUUGGAUGCCACUGGUUGUUGAAACUUCGUGACAGAUAUUCGUUCUUCGAGAGAAUCAUUCCUUUGGUGUUGUGUUGCCUGAAUGAUGAUCAUCAGUACAUUCGUGAUGACAUACAGGGCUUGUGGGAGCAAUGCGGCCGACAAUAUUUUAAUGAAAAUGAAAACGAACUCAGCAAAAUCGAGUUGGUCGAUUACCAUCCAGUCAAAUAUCCACCUGGAGUGCAACGACCAACGCUAGGUUGUCGAGCUGUUGUGCAGCGUAGUCUGCGCGUUACAUCAAUCAUUUUAAAGGAAAUUAUUGAUUGGAAGGAGGAGGUGCGUCUGCACUCGUUAAAGCUUCUUUGGCAAGUGGUUUUGCACAGUGAGAAGGCGUUCACCUCUAAAUUCAUCGAAAUUCUUCCGACAUUAUCGAUGAGUUGUAUGGAUGAAGUGCUGCCCGUUGCGAACGAAGCGAUUAAAGUGGCUGAACUUAUCGGAAUGCUAAUGGACUAUGAUUCGUGGAUCGGCUUCGCUCUAGAAGGUUUACAGAAAACUCCUAAUUUGGGCGUACUGAAAUGCUUUGCUGCGCUGUAUACAGGGGCCGAGAUUGACAAAGCGAAGGAUUUACAUCGAAUCGCAACUAUUUUACUGGACACCAACAUUUGUCAUUCGGUCAAUUCGAAAUAUCAGGAGACAUUGUUACGCUUCGUCGAUUUAUUGGUCGGACUGUUUCUAAAUCGACCAAUCGAAGCCGAUGCUCAGAACCUUUCCUUGAGCGAUGCGAAAGGAACGGAAGAGUGUCUGUACACUAUUAUAGUCAAGAUCACUGCAUUGGCAGAAGGCAAUGAAAGCCUUCAGGAGCUCGGCAAAGAAAUUCUUGUAAAAUUGGCCGGAGAUACGUUGACUGUGCCGCGACUGCAUUCCAAAUACAUGGGACGAGUCAUUGAUUCAAUCGAAGAUUUAGACUCUGAAAAUUCCGAGCUGUCGGAUGUCAUAAUUUUACUUCAUGGCUUGAUCAUUCUCGGUGGCUUUCAGAAGGAAUACUUAGAAUCGAUGAAGAAAGCCAUUGGUUUAAUUUUGGACCAUGCAACACCGAGUGCAAAGAUCAAAAUUUUCGCUGCCAUCUCCAAGUCAAUGCUAAAUUGGUCAACAACGGUUGAUCUGCCACAAAGCGAAAGCUUCGAAUUGUUACGCAAAUUCGUUACGGACAUCAUUGAACCGACAUUGAUUUGGAAGGCCGGUCGUAACUCUGAAUCGUUGAGGGCAAUGGCAACGACUGCCUUAUAUUCAAUGUCCGAGGGUAUCGGCACCAAAUGUCCCAUUUUCCCCGAACUAGCCACGUCGUUCGUUUCACUGAUUGAGGACCACAAUGUUGUUACACGAGCGUACGCUGUCCGUUGUAUGAAGAACAGUACCGCAUUUCCAAUGGAGCAGCUCAAACCGAUCGUUUACGCCAUUCUGUCACGAUUGGAUGACCCUAGUGCUGAGGUUCGAUUGUAUGCUGCCCAAUGUAUCGGUGAACUCAAACUGAAAGUGGAUGCGGCCACUGACACCGAUUCCUGGAAGAUUGUAGCGAAGCACGUUUUCGAUAGUUUGAUAUUGCAUCUGGAUGGACCGGAAAUCAAUUUCAGGAAAACUUUGCUGGACUCUAUGGACAAACUAACGGAAAAUGAAACGAACGCUGCCGUAUUUCGAUCAAUUAUUGCACAGUUGCCGGCGUCUCAUCCGUACCUUAAAGAAUUACGAGACCUGAGCGAAAAAUGAUCCGCCUUGAAUUGUUUCUUAUGGAUUUGUGUUGAUUACACUGCAAGAUCCAA